AUGGUGGACAGCGUGUACCGGACCCGGUCCCUGGGGGUGGCCGCCGAAGGCCUCCCGGACCAGUACGCGGACGGGGAGGCGGCGCGCGUGUGGCAGCUGUACAUCGGCGACACGCGCGACCGCACCGCCGAGUACAAGUCGUGGCUGCUCGGGCUGCUGCGCCAGCACGGCUGCCAGCGGGUGCUGGACGUGGCCUGCGGCACCGGGGUGGACUCCAUCAUGCUGGUGGAAGAAGGCUUCAGUGUGACGAGUGUGGAUGCCAGUGACAAGAUGCUGAAGUAUGCACUUAAGGAGCGCUGGAACCGGCGGCAGGAGCCUGCCUUUGACAAGUGGGUCAUUGAAGAAGCCAACUGGAUGACUCUGGACAAAGAUGUGCCCAAGCCAGCAGGGGGUGGCUUUGAUGCAGUCAUCUGUCUUGGCAACAGUUUUGCCCACUUGCCAGACUGCAAAGGUGACCAGAGUGAGCACCGGCUGGCACUAAAGAACAUUGCAAGCAUGGUAAGGCCUGGCGGUCUGUUGGUCAUCGACCAUCGCAACUACGACCACAUCCUCAGCACAGGCUGCGCGCCCCCGGGGAAGAACAUCUAUUAUAAGAGUGACUUGACCAGGGACAUCACGACCUCAGUGCUGACGGUGAACAACAAAGCCCACAUGGUGACCUUGGACUACACGGUGCAGGUGCCAGGCGCUGGCCCAGAUGGCUCUUCCGGCUUCAGCAAGUUCCGGCUCUCCUACUACCCACACUGUUUGGCGUCCUUCACCGAGUUGCUCCAAGCGGCCUUUGGGGGCAAGUGCCAGCACAGUGUCCUGGGUGACUUCAAGCCUUACAAGCCGGGCCAGGCCUACAUCCCCUGCUACUUCAUCCACGUGCUCAAGAGAACAGAGUGAAUGGGGCCUGCGCUCCCACGGCCCCCCCAAAGCUCUGGGGAGGGGAAACCCUAAGCCCGGGAGCAGGGAUAAUGGGGCCAGGUGAACAGAGGACCAAAAAUACAGUCUGUGCCUUUCCCGAC